AUGGACCCAGAAGCAGCACCUGAAAACCUCCUCACCCGCGGAUACUCCAAACGGUCUCUAGCAGCAAUAGAGCCAGAAUUCGUCGACUCCAACACCCUCGACGCCCACGCCCCGUCAUCCUCAGUCCUCCAAUCCGAUUACUUGAUUAUUGAUGAAAACGGGAACCUUGGCGAGCACUUGGAUAUGUCUAGCGAGGUGUCUCCUGUCGCAGGAGCAGGAGCAAGUGCUGUAGGCAUCCCCAGUCCAGCGUCGUCUGCUACGAGCACCACAGCCGUUGUGGGCGGUGAAUCUGGAGGGAGUGGCCACGCAGCCAAAAGAGUCCGGUAUACUUUUACUGACGGUGACGGUAGUCACGGCCAUCCAACGGCUGCAGAGUUGUCAGUCCUCCAACCCGUUAUCCAACCCGACAACUCUCUCCGCCGCGAACAGGGCGGUCAACAGCACGGUCACCACACUCACCACCACCAUUCUACCCACCCGCAUUCUGUAAGCCGCGGUCGAUCUGUCGCAGAUCUGCUCCCCUCGACUACAGACGUGGCGCCUCUAGAUAUGGACAAAGACGCUUCAGAAGCCAUGGGCGACCCCGUCGACAGUUCCCUUGGUGGAUUGGCUAUGGAGGUUGAGCCAUCAGAGGAGGAGAGAAGACAUUCGCAGAGUCAUGGACCAGUUGAGGGGCGUGUUACCUCUGCGGCUGCGUUUUUGGAACCCACGAAGCGUCUUGCCACCGGCGCAAACCCAGCCCACCACCACACCGCCACAGAGAGCCUCUUCACCACAGCACCCCCCACCUCUGCCUCAGCACACCCUCUGAAUCAAACAAUACCUCUCCCUGAACGCAAACGCUCCCUCUCUAUCAGCUCCAUCAGCACCUUCGGCACCCCCGGUGCACACAGCACCCACCUAGCAGACAAGAAGGGCCUCAAACGUGAAGUCAAGAUCCAACUCCUCGACGAAAUGGAAUCAAAACCUAUUCUCGAAGAGGCCCGUCGCGCGUCGAUUGAUCAGUUGCGUGAGGCCCGUGAAGACAAGCGACAUCCUCCCUCCUCUUCCUCCUCCUCUUCCACCGCAGCAAUUCUUACAGCAGCUUCUGCCAGGGCGUCCAAUUCCCCAGACCAGGCAGAGGAGGAGGAGGAGGAGGAGGACACAGUCCUCCCAAAAGAAGACCCAACAAUCCACGACUGGGACCAAGAGGAACUCGAAGACGAAGAAGACCUCGACUCGGACUCAACACCCAGCCCAGCAUCCCUCACCUCCGGAAAUAUUCCCCGUCAAGAAACUAUCUCGUCCCUCCAAAAGCGCCAACGCAAGCUUGACCGCGACCGCUCCCACCGUCGCGCCUCCUUUCUCGAAACCGGAAACUCUCAACCCACUUCCCCCUCGCACACCAACUCCCCCUCCACCAACAACAGCGAUGUGGAGGAGGACAAGGACGACCCAUUCCUGGACCCAGAACGCGACUCGGCCUUCAUGUCCGAGGCCCAGGAGGCUGAUACACACAACGUCCAUUUGCGGUUGGAGAACCAGCGAGAUUUCCAGGAUGCAGCGGGCUUGGAUCUGGGAGAAGAGGAGAGUUCGAAUGUGAAUGAGGAUGGGCAGUAUGGAGGGAUGAUUGAGGAAGAGGAUGAAGGCGAGGACUUUUGGGAGAACCGUUAG